AUGUCUUUUGAUGGAAAUUUUACUUCUAUUUGUGAUAUAGAACUAUGGAAUCAACCAGUACAACAAUAUCAUGUUGGAGCUUUACUAGUUUUUAUUACUUUACUUCCUAAUUCAUUUAUUAAUAUUUAUUUCUUGUACUUUUCUCUAAAAAAUAACUAUUUAAUGAAACAUAAAUUUCUACAAUAUAAUAUUAUAAUAUUUUCAUGUGAAUAUCUUUUAGCUGGUGGUAAUACAAUGCUUCUUGAAGGACAAUAUUUGUAUGCUUAUUUUACUUCAACAAAAAUUCAUUUCUGGAGUUGUGCUAUCUUAAGAACACUUCAACAGUUUACAUUAUUUCCUAUUGCUACUUCUACAUUUUUGUUAGCACUCCAAAGAUUUUUUAUUAUUGCAUGGAGUAUGAAGUUACAAUGGAAUGUUUUAUUUUUAUUUUUCAUUAUAAUUAGUUCACCUUCUUAUAUCAAUGUCUAUUUGACAAUUUUCAAAUCAAAGUACGUUAUAUUUAAUGAAAUUUGUACAUUUUAUCCCGUCCAAACAAAUAUUCAUCUUUUGUAUUUUACAACAUUUAUGACAUCCUUCCUACCAGCUAUGGCAUUAUUUACAAAUUUUUUUACUUUUUAUUUGUUAAAAAGAAAAUUUAAAUUAUUAAAAAAUGUUUCAAAGUAUGAAGAUCAUAAAAGAGUUUUAAUCAAUCUUUCUAUUCAAUCAUUAAUUCCUUGUUUAUCUAAUUUUCCAACAUUUACCUGUUUUUUUAUUCAAAUUUACACACAUAAACAAAUACCAUACCUGGUAUGGAGAAUUACAGAUGUAUUUCAUUAUAUUCAAUACAGUACAUCAACAUUUAUAACAUUAAUGUCGAUUAAAGAAAUUAAAAAAAGUUUUUUUACAAAACUGUUAUCUUUCAAAAAAAUUAUACUUGGUAGUUUGAAAAAGUAA